UUUAUUUAUUUAAGUGAUUGUAUUAAAGAGGAUUUUGUUUGGUUGAAAUAGUUGCAUUUUGUCUAGUUGAGUCUGAUCCAAAGUCUCUUUUUCUCUUUUCCUCCUCGUCCCAUUCCGAAAGACAGGAACAGAGAAAAACAACAUUCAGAUUUCAGAGAAAUAGAAUUCUCUCCUCCAAAUUCUAACUCAACCCAGCAAUAAUAAUGGAGAGAACUAUUUUAUUUUCCAUUGCAACACUGUUCGCUGCCACUUUUCUCCUGGAUCCUUCUUCAGCUCUCAAGGAAGGACAAACCUGUGUUUCAGAUAAGAACUGCAACUCCGGCUUGCACUGCGAGACAUGCGUCGCAAACGGAAACUUACGCCCGCGAUGUACUCGAAUUAAACCCAUUAACCCCAUUUCUCAGGUGAGAGGAUUGCCAUUUAAUCGGUAUUCAUGGCUAACAACCCACAACGCGUUUGCGAAGUUGGGGCAGAAGUCAGAGACUGGGACACCGAUUGUGUCCGCGAUGAAUCAGCAGGACUCCAUUACUAGCCAGCUCAAUGAUGGUAUAAGAGGAUUAAUGCUCGACAUGUAUGACUUCCGAAAUGACAUUUGGCUAUGUCACUCCUUCGGUGGCCAAUGCUACAAUUUCACUGCAUUUCAACCGGCCAUUAAUGUGCUGAAAGAAGUUCAAACAUUUCUCCAAUCAAACCCAACUGAGAUUGUCACAAUUAUCAUCGAAGACUAUGUGACAUCCCCUAAGGGGCUUACCAAGGUGUUUGAUGCGGCUGGCCUAAGAAAAUAUUGGUUCCCAGUGUCAAGAAUGCCCCAAAAUGGUAGAGAUUGGCCCACAGUAGAUGAUAUGAUCCAGAAGAAUCAGCGGUUAGUGGUGUUUACUUCUAAAGCAAGUAAAGAAGCUUCAGAAGGCAUUGCCUAUGAGUGGAGAUAUGUGGUAGAAAACCAAUAUGGAAAUGGAGGAAUGAAAGCUGGAUCUUGCCCGAACCGGGCCGAAUCGCCACCUAUGAACACAACUUCUAGAUCAUUGGUUCUAAUGAACUAUUUCAGAGAUGUUCCAAGUUUGACUCAAGCUUGUAAGGACAAUUCAGCUCCAUUACUUGCCAUGGCCAAUACUUGUUUUAAUGCCUCUGGCAAAAGAUGGCCAAACUUCAUUGCAGUUGAUUAUUACAAGAGGAGCGAUGGUGGUGGGGCCUCAGCAGCAACAGAUAUGGCAAAUGGCCAAUUGAUUUGUGGAUGUGGGAACGUUCUCAACUGUAGACCGAAUAUGACUUACGGAGCAUGUGACAUAUCGGAGGCUGAAGCUGCCCCAGCACCUAAUAUGAAUAAGGCACAACAAUCCGGCGUUGGAGAUUUAAAUAGUAAACUUGUUCAGUGGCGGUGGUUGUUUGGGACAGUUCUCAUGGCCAGUCUUUUGUAGUCAUUGUUGUAAUAAUAUAAACUUUUUUCUAUUCUGCAUGCAUUCAUUGUUUAAAAAAUUAAAUAUGUAGUCUGAUAAAAGUUUUAGAAUAUAUAAAAAAUAAAAAUUUGAAUAUUUUGUGGCAAGUGCCUUAGGUUAUGGGACUCAUGUGAUCUCAUGAGUAAGCAGAUUGUUUAAUGUCAACAGAAAAGCUGAGAAACUGACCGGAAUAGCUUUGGAGGGUUCUGUCAUUGUGCUAGUGGGCUUUCAGGGUUUGAGAAAGAGAGUAUUAAUUUACUUGCUUUUCAUUUGAAUUGUAAUCACGUGACUUGAUUUUAUUAGAAGUAGAGUACCAUCAACAUUUGUCGGAACUUGAUUGAAAAACAUAAUAUAUAUCGAGAGGAGUUUUCAAUCGCUAA